UUUCUCCAAUAGUCUAUAAAUAGCUUCGGUGUGUUAGAUUCCUCGCUGACGUCAAGGCGUACAAUACUCGCCGAUUUCGGUAUCCUUUUGUUCAAGCAAUUACUUAUACUCGCUUGGCACCGAUUCUCACCGAUAACUGGUCGGUCACGUCGUCAUCAGGAUGAGCUUGCGAUGGAUACAGGAGAACCAGGAAGCUCCAAUCGUCGACGAGGAGUCGAGCGACAUCGAAGAUAGCAGCGGCGACAACACCGAUGACCAGCUUGACCACCUGAGCGUCGACGAGGACGACGUCGAAGCCGACGGCGAAGUAGCCGAGCAUCAACGGCAAAAACGGGAAACCUUUCGGCAUCCAACCACGACGGUUUCGCUGAGAGACAUCAGAAAAAAGGCCAUGGAGCAGGGCUACGAUCCGAACGUUCCCAUGGGAAACCCGACCUACGGACCCGUCAUGCAGCUGCAUUCUAUGACGGGAUUUCGUCUGGCGAUUCUACCCUGUGGCAAAGUUCGAGGACUCGAAUGCGAGUGUAGCCCUUACGCAAUACUCAAAGUGACCACAUUAUCCUUCGACAUUAUCGUGCAGAUCGAGGGAUUGGAAACCGGAUUGUUUUUGGCGAUGAAUGCCAGGGGUAGAUUGUACGGUGAGAGGAACAAAGAUAAGGACAACACUCAUUGGCAGCAUGUGACAGUCCGUUCCUACAAUUCGUAUCGUUCUGUAAAAUACGCAGACCGCGAAUGGUACGUCGGAAUAAAAUCUAACGGACGUCCAAAGAACGGGAGAAAGACAGCGAUUAAUCAAAAGGCAACCAAAUUUUUACCGAUCCGAUGAGGAUCAGAUCAGCCGUGGAAGAAAAAUUCGACUGCAUUACUAUUAUUAUUAACAUUAUUAUUAUUAUUACUACUAUCAU